AAACUUGGACCAUAUGAUUAACUUCUUGACACUGAAUAAGAAUCGAACAAUAAUCAAUCGAUUAUUGCAGGGAGAACAAUGGAAACAAAAUCAUCUGAUUAUGUUAAAAUUUUCCGACGAAUCAGACGAUUACUUCAAGCUAUUGCUUCGUUGAAUCAAAGGAAGAAAGGUACUCAUCUUAACGGAUGCAAAAUGGCGCUCUGUGCCGUCGACGGUGGCUACCCCAGCGAUUACAUCGCGAUAGAUUUUGCUGCACAUUGUAUGGCUUUAUAUCUGUUAAUUUCCUCAAAUUCAAGAGGCAAAGGAGGCGGCCUUGCUAUAUUUGGGCAGUGUGGGCUGAAGGUCCCCUCGGAUUUGGUUUGCUGUUGAGUAGCCGCAAAACACAGACCUUCCAACUAUAUGAUAUUUUUGUAAGUUAUCAAUGUCAGGAUGCUUCAGAAUAACAGGUGCCACAUGAGGCCGCAGUGGAUUGUUCCAAUCAUGUCUCUGCAUAUCCUAUAUGGGUUGUGGAAAGGAAUAAUUGUAUCAGCAUCUUCAAUUGG